AUGGAAAUUACGAGUACAAAGUCUGCCAACAAAUCAUUAUUUUCAAUUGCCCACAUACUAGAGGAUAAAACGCGUAGUGUUAAGAUUCCCACACUGCCUUUGGCGCACAGUAAGAUGACAACAGGCACAGAACACUUGACUGCGCAUACGAAAAUAAUCAGCUCAACCAUCUCAACCAGUGCCAAUUCUGUUGCGACCACAAUGCAACUACCCAACUGUGAACCAAAACUCGUUACACACUCAAACCCCAUUGUGUCAAGCGAUUAUUCAGCGUCUUCGCCCGAUGAGCAAUACGCCUUCAAGAAUCUAUUACUCAAGACUGGUCAUGGCGCAGCGGGUGGUUCCUUGACGGCGCCACCUGGAGCAUUGCGCUUUGAACCUCUUUAUGAUCCCGCUUCACUGCUUUACCAACAGGUUCUGAAUAUGCAGAAAAGCUCAGCAUUAUUUAUGCCACAUUUUCAGGCGGCGGCAGCAGCAGGCGUUGUAGCACCGCCGGUAUAUUGCGAACAAUAUAAUCCAUUUCUGGAAUGUGAAGGCUUCUCAGGUAAUGCCGCUGCCACUGCACUCUAUUGUAAUGCUACCUAUCCCGGGUUUUAUCUGCCCAACUUUGGGGCUAAACGCAAAGGCGGUCAAAUUCGUUUCACUUCUCAGCAGACAAAAAACCUUGAGAAUCGUUUUGCCAGCUCAAAGUACCUAUCACCUGAAGAACGUCGUCAUCUGGCCCUUCAACUCAAACUAUCCGAUCGUCAGGUGAAGACUUGGUUUCAAAAUCGCCGCGCUAAAUGGCGUCGUUCCAAUCAAACCAAACGUGAAGCACCCGCACAUAUGUUGGGUCAAGCUUUAAGUGGCGUUGCUAGUGGUACUCUCGGAAGCAGCAGUUCGAGUUGUACCGUGCCGCAUAGUAGUAGUAAUGGUAAUGGAUAUGGUCAUAAUGAUAGCAGCCGGAGCUUGUUGUCAGAAGAAGAGGAUGAUGAUAUUGAUGAUGUGGAAGGAAGUGAUGACGAAAAAGAAUAA